UUAUUUUCUUUUCCUAUUAGUCACAUGGAGCCCAGGAAUGGGACUCAGAUAAUUGAAUUUCUUCUCCUGGGAUUCUCAGAGGACCCAGCUCUGCAGCCCCUCAUGUUUGGACUCUUCCUCUCCAUGUACCUGGUCACUGUGGCUGGGAACCUGAUCAUCGUCCUGGCCAUCCUCUCAGACCCCCACCUCCACACGCCCAUGUACUUCUUCCUCUCCAACCUGUCCUUGGUGGAUGUCUGCUUCACCUCCACCACCAUCCCCAAGAUGCUGGUGAACAUCCAGACACAGAGCCAAGCCAUCAGCUAUGCAGGCUGCAUCACCCAGAUAUACUUCUUCAUACUCUUUGGAGUUUUGGACAACUUCCUCCUGACUGUGAUGGCCUAUGACAGGUUCAUGGCCAUCUGUCACCCUCUGCACUACACGGUCACCAUGAACCCCCGGCUCUGUGUGCAGCUGGUCCUGGUGUCCUGGGUCAUCAGUGUCCUAAACUCCUUGUCACACAGCCUCCUGGUGCUGCGGCUGUCCUUCUGCACACACCUGGAAAUCCCCCACUUCUUCUGUGAACUGAAAAAGGUUGUCCUACUUGCUUGCUCUGACACCUUUCCCAACGACAUGGUCAUGUAUUUUUCAGCAGGCCUGGUGUUUUGUGGUCCCCUGGCUGGGAUCCUGUACUCCUACUCUAAGAUCGUCUCCUCCAUCUGUGCAAUCUCCUCAGCUCAGGGGAAAUAUAAGGCAUUCUCCACCUGUGCCUCUCACCUCUCCGUUGUCUCCUUAUUUUAUUGCACCUGCCUAGGUGUUUACUUUAGUUCCUCUGCUACCCACAACUCACACUCCACUGCCACAGCCUCGGUGAUGUACAGCGUGGUCACCCCCAUGCUGAACCCCUUCAUCUACAGCCUGCGGAACAAGGACAUGAUGGGCGCUCUGAAAAGACUCUUCACUGGGAAGCCAUAA